CGGGAUUGGGCCGUAAAACACUUUAAAAGCGUUAACAAGUGCAUGGGUGGGUAAGUAUAUCUGUAAUACUUGUCGUAUGUCGUACCAUUUAUGUUGAUCUUAAAUACCCUCUUUAAAAUUAUGAUAUACUUAAACAUAAUACAAAUUUUCUGCAAUAUUUACUCCUCUAUUAUGGUCAGGGAGGCUAAAAUAGUGCAAUUUAUAUGAAACAACUAAAAUUAUUUUUUCAUUUAAGUGGUCUAUUUAACGCAUUCAAUUCACCAUCAUCAUAUCAGACGAGAGACGCCCACUACUGGACAUAGGCCUCUCCCAAGAAAUUCUAAGCCGAUCGGUCCUGCGCUGCCCGUAUCCAGCGACUUCAUCUUUACCAGAUCGUCCGUCCGCCUUUGGGAGACCUCCAAGUACGCGGCCGCCACUCGAGGACCUUUCGACUCCAACGGCCGUCAGUCCUCCUUGCAAUAUGCCCUGCCCACUGCCACUUAAGGCUUGCAAUUCUUUGAGCUACGUCAGCGACCUUAGUUCUACUGUGGAUCUCAUUAUUUCUAAUUCGAUCGCGCAGAAAAACCCCGGUCAUAGCCCUUUCCUUUGCCCUUUGCGUGACUUCGAGUCUUCUUAUGAGGUCCAUUGUAAGCGAUCACGUCUCGGUUCCAUAAUGACGGAGAGAAGUCGCCAUCCGGGGAUUCUUGGCACUCCUGGUCCCGGCGAUUGGCCAACGUCCAUCAUUGCUGGUACGGCCUCCGAUACCACCGGGCACUUGGGUUAGUAACAUUCCUUUGCGGGCGGGUAUUUGGGCCAUCACCCACCACGCUGGACCAGUGCGGGUUGAUAGGUAUUAACAAGUCUACAUCGAACUACCGGCUUGCAUAAAGCACUGAUAAAUAAAUUUACUGGACUAAUAAAUUUAUUGUUUCUUAUUUCUUUUGUGGUUUUAUGUAUGUGAAGUCAGUUUUUGUAUAAGUAUGAUAAGAAAGGUUUAUUUUUAUUUCAUUCGUUUAGGCUUCGGCAAGCUAUUAACAAUUUGGUACAAGCGCAGUGCGUUUCGUCGGCUCGUGAACGAAUUACCGGACCUCUGGCCGGUAUUGCUACCUGAUAAGGAAUCGGCAGCCAUUAAGCGCUCGAGCCUGUCCACCCUCAAGUACGUCCAAAACUUUUACCUAAAGAAUACCUACAUCGGCCUGUGGGGCUACAACUUGACACCGGUAAUCUUGUACUGCUUCUACAAGAUGAGGGGCAUGCCUGCAAGCAUCGGCUUCAUAUGGCACGUGUACUAUCCGUUUCAAACGACCACUGUACUGCCUCAUACGAUCGCCUAUAUCUACGAAAUGUUUGCCGGUUCAUUCUCAGUGUGCGCAAUGGUCGGAGCGGAUCUGUUGUUCAUAACGAUGGCCAGUCACAUCAGCAUGCUCUUACGUCAAUUGCAAAUGAAGGUCCGGAACCUCGGCAACCGGCGGGAAAACACUCCGUUAAAACCGGCGUCCAACUACCAUGACUGUUACGAAGAUAUAGUGGAUUUGAUCAAAAUACACCAGAGGAUAAUCAGUUAUGGAAUUGAUUUAGAAGAUGCCUUUUCCGCGGUCAACCUCAUCAAUCUUCUUUUGAGCUCUGUCAAUUUGUGCUGCGGUUUGUUCAAUGUUGUUUUCUUAAACCCGUGGCAAGAAAUGAACGACAAAAUGUUCGUUAUAAUAGCACUCGCGCAAAUGGGCAUGAUUUGCUGGUACGCUGAUGACAUUGCUAGAGCGAGCGCAGGCGUAGCAGAUGCAGUGUAUCAGAGUGGUUGGUACGAAUGCAACGCGCGGUGUCGACGUGCUAUGUUGGUGUUCAUGCAAAGAUCUCAAAAGCCUCUGCAUUUUACAGCACUCAAGUUUAAGGCCAUCACGAUGAUGACGUAUGGUUCGUUCCUCACGACUUCGUAUUCCUAUUUCACACUGCUGUAUACUUCAUAUCGCAGACAUUGAUUAAAGAAAAAAUAAAAUUCAUCAGUAUUCAUCACUUUAAGCUUUGUUUUCUUGUUCUAAGCUUUUACAAGCACAUGUGAAAAAAAUUACGCCAUCGGUUCACAAAACUACGACG